UUACUCAUUUUGAAGCAUUUGUCAUCUAUUUUUUAACCAUGGCUUGCUACCGUUUCCCUUUCUUUAUACUACCAUUUUUGCUGAUCACUUUUUCACUUAGGAGCAGCAACACUAUCUUGGUUGGUGCUCGACGUCUUUUGGAGACAUCGAUGCCGCAGAAACCUGAGCUUCCUAAGCCAGAAUUGCCUGAGAUACCUCCCUUUCCUAAGGUUGAACUCCCAAAGCCUGAGCUACCAGAAGCUCCGAAGCCAGAAAUUCCAAAAGUGCCUGAGUUGCCUAAGCCUGAAUUGCCAAAAGUUCCUGAGUUGCCAAAGCCAGAGUUGCCUAAAGUACCGGAGUUGCCUAAGCCUGAAUUGUCCAAAACUCCUGAGUUGCCAAAGCCUGAAUUGCCCAAAGUGCCCGUGUUGCCUAAGCCUGAAUUGCCCAAAACUCCUGAGUUGCCAAAGUCUGAAUUGCCCAAAGUUCCUGAGUCUCCAAAGCCUGAGUUACCCAAGUUGUCUGAAUUGCAAAAACCUGAAGAAGAAAAAGCUCCAGAGUUUCCAAAGCCUGAAUUGCCUAAAGUUCCAGAGUUGCCCAAAGCUCCUGAGUUGCCAAAGCCUGAAUUGCCAAAAGUUCCUGAGUUGCCAAAGCCUGAAUUGCCUAAGUUGCCUGAAAUGCCAAAACCUGAAGAACCCAAGGUUCCUGAGUUACCAAAGCCUGAGUUGCCUAAGCUGCCUGACCUUCCAAAACACGAAGAACCCAAAGUUCCGGAAUUGCCCAAGCCAGAACUACCCAAGUUGCCUGACUUGCCAAAGUCUGAAGCGCCAAAGGAAGAAGUGCCCAACCGGCCUUAAUUGCCUACCAUGACAAGUCUUCCUAAAGACUUCCCCAUCCCUUCCUAAACUCCACCUUACACAACAACGAGCCCUUGAAUCUUGACACUGCCUUUGUCACCUGCAUUACACAUAUUGUUGCUAGGGUUCCUCUUAUAGUAGUCUGUUGAUUAGUGGAUGAGUGUAUUCAUUGUUGCUUAGACCUGAUGAUGCAUAAAUGUGUUGUUUGAGAUGUUGUUCCAAAGUGUUCUAUUGUAGUCGUCUCGUUUAUUUUAUUAUAUAUAAUUUUUUAAUAAAUUUAUAAUUUUAUAAAUUUAUAGUUCA